ACGGCAGAAUAUGCGUGGGUGGGUGGAGUGCGGGGGUGGCGGGUGGGGGCAUAACAAUUAGUAAUUGCACAUUUUGGAUGAGGCCACAUCAACCAGGGCUUUUGCUGCAAAAAAAAAAAAAAAUCACUCUUUCCAGCCUCUUAUCUCUUAUUUGGCUCUUCCUAUUGAAUAUUAAUUUUCUUUUUUUUGCUCUCAUUUUUUUGUCUCAGUUUAACUCUACUUUGAGCCUUCAUGCCUCAUUUGAUAUCUUAAUUGCUACCCAAUGAUUUCAGCUUUCAGCUCUGCCCAAUGUGUGAGACCUAUUGUCUCCUUUUCAAACACCAUAAGAGGAGUACACAACCAUGGAAGAGUUGCAUGUUUGGCUACAUCCAUGUCAUCUACCUCCAUGACCAUGGCAAGAGAUACUGAAAAUGAACUGGAAAGCCGAAAAUAUGAACUGCUUAAUAUCGUCCAAGAUACUCAACGAGGCCUAGUGACAACUGCUGAUCAACGAUCCGCCAUUGAGGAGGCUAUGGUAGUCGUUGAAGGUUUUGAUGCUGGCAAGGAAAUUGACUUGAGUAAGUUGGAUGGAACAUGGCGGUUGCAAUAUACAUCUGCACCAGAUGUGGUCGUUCUUUUUGAAUCUGCUGCUAGGCUUCCAUUCUUUCAGGUGGGUCAAAUUUUCCAGAAAUUUGAGUGCCAGAACGAAUCCCGCGGAGGAUUGGUACGCAAUGUCAUCAAAUGGAGUGUUCCACGGUUAUUAGAGGAGAAUGAAGGUGCUACUCUGAUAGUUUCUGCCAGAUUCUCAUGCAUUUCUGCUCGUAACAUCUACCUCAAGUUUGAGGAGAUAAGUCUUCAAAAUAUUAACAUCAGUGACGAGCUGCAAACUGUUAUAGCUCCAGCAGUUCUGCCAAGGUCAUUUUUGAGUUUACAGAUACUGCAGUUUAUUCGGACUCUCAAAGCUCAAGUUCCAGUGACCAGUCCAGAGAGGCGAUCUGUGGGGGGCCUCUAUUACCUUUCCUAUCUGGAUAAGAAUAUGCUUUUAGGCCGUGCUGUUGGAGGUGGUGGAGUAUUUGUAUUCACCAGGGCUCAAGCUCUUAUUUUCUAACCAGCCAGUUCAUAUGCAAAUGGUUUCAUUUGUGAGUGGGGUCCUACUAAGUUUCACCAAUCUGCCGUGCAUGUAUGGAUUCUCACAUAUGUGAAUAACAGAGAUUAAGAAAGAAAGUAACUGCAUCAGUGGAAUCUUCUGUUGUUUUUCACUUGGUUAUACAAGGAGACAAUUUACAAGUAUAUAUACAUCCAGCUACUCUACGUUUAACUAAAUUGGCUAGGUACUAAAUCAGCUAACUAAUUCAGUGUACUAUUAAUUAAUCUAUGUAACUUCUUAACACUUAGCUAACUGUGGUUGAGUUACUAUGGUGGUUAUGGGACAGCUAUGCAGACAUUUAACUCC